AUGCAGAUAUACGCUAUUCUGACUUUUCUUUUCGGUUUCAGUCUUGCUCAGGAUGAUUACGACCCAUCAACUAACUAUCGGCCACGCAAUAUAACUGGCCUCGGUGACUUUUAUAGCUGGGUUGGAUCUUACUACAAUGCAACGGCAAUAGUAGAGCUAGAAUUUCUUUUCGGUCGGGAAUUUGGCAAACCAUUGUGUCCUCAGCUGGAGAACCAAACGUAUACCACCAAGUUCGAUGUUGUCCUGAGCAUCCUUGAACGAGGCCACUGGAAUUCUGGGGGCAACUCUGUUAUUUUCUUGCUGACGCUUCUCCCACAAAUCUCACCCCCGUUCAAUGUUUCCAACCUGACCUUUGAGAAUAUGUGGGAAUGGCGGCAGCUUGGCUUAUCGCAUCCCAUAUAUUCUGCUUCGUUAGUUGAUCAUAAGUCCAGCGGGCCGUGGCGCCCAGAGAGUGGCUCCAGCCCUGAUCUUUUCAACUUCACUACCAGCCAAGUUUCUGGAGGAGCUUACAAUAUCAGUGGGACACUUUAUUCUCAUCGCGACCCCGCCGGCCCAUCGUAUUUCGGAAUCCUAAGCGGCUUGCCAGUGUGUGACUCCUCCAAACAGGCCGAUGGUGCCCUUGUCACCAUGUUGCGUGACCCAGAGGGCGAGGCCUUGGGCGAAUUCCAAUACCCUCAUACUAGCAUCCAAUUUGACAACAAAACGGUCAAUUUUACGCUGGACGCUUCUUUUCACUCAACAUCAAAUGUGCAUGAGAAUUCGACAUCUGAACAUAUUACUGUCAGUGGCCUUUUGCGUGUCCGCUUCUCCGGUGUGCUAGAUGCAUACCACUCUGAUACCUUGAGUCUAAAGGACAAUACGCCCACAUGGUUGCGAACAGUGGGAUUUUCAAAUGAUUCUUCCAACAUUGGAUACUUAGAGAGUUCUGCUGGAAAGCUGUAUCUUGGAAUUGCACUUCCCUCUAUAGUGACUAUAUUGGCGGUCGUUACAACAGCAUUAUAA